GGCCAUGGCAGAGGACUGUGUCGACAUUGCGCCCCUCUAUCUCUAUGCACACGCACAAAACACUAUUACUACCAUCGACUCGCACAAAUGUAGGAUGUUAGAGGCACAGAAAGCACGACUCACCCCUCCGCACUUGCCGUAAAACCCACAAAUAUAGCUCAAUAUUUACACGCAACACACUUACUGCACCUACAAAACAUACCCCACCAUACCUUCCCCCCCUCCCCUCAGUCCACCGCUGGGCUCUCGGUACAGUAGUUCCACAUACAUCCUCUUUCCCUUCCUUCAUCCAUCAUACACUCUUCCUUUCCUUCACUAUACCAUCCUUCUAACUUUCGUCUUCAAUUCAAUCGAUCCGUCAAAAUGGUCUACACUAUCACCGUCCACCUCUACGCCAAGGAGGACCCUGACUCCAUCCGCAAGCUGCAGCUGAAGCUCAUUGAGGCCAGCCGCGUCUACUCCAACGACAAGGAGACUCUCUCGUGGUUCGUCAUGCAGGACAUCAAGGACCCCCGCGAGUUCACCAUUGUCGAGCGUUAUGAGCAGGAGAGCUCUCAGCAAUACCACCUCAACAACCCUUACUGGAAGACCUUCGACCCCUACGUCAUCCCUCUGCUUGCCAAGCCCAUGGACCUUCGCCGCAGCGAGGAGCUCGACACCUCCAAGGACGUUGUCGUCGAGUAA